GACAUUUCUCGUUGACUGUCAAUCGUACGGUAUUAGAUCCAAUGGAUUUUUGAUUCGAUAGCAGAAUGAACUCGAUAAGAGUACUUUUUUCGAAUUUAUCGCUUGGCAAGCAAUUGUUGUCGACCAGAAAUCAAUUGCCCAUCGUUAGUUUUGAACGUUCUUACAAAUAUCAAAAACAUGAUAUUCCCACACCAAAACCUGGCGGCGGCAAACAGUAUAGACGAUUGGUGCAUUAUCCCGAAGGUAAAAAAUAUACUGUAAAACCAUUGGAUGUGACUCAUUUGGCUGGUCGUGAUCCUGUAACUGGGCGCGUGGCGGCAAAAGGUAUUGGUGGUGGUGUAAAACACAAAUUCCAUUGGGUGAAAUAUGAUCGUGAUUGCCCCAAUGAUGUUUCGACUCAGGAAGAGAGAGUGAUUGAUGUCAUGUUUGAUGGACAUCGAUCGGCUGAUGUUGCAUUGGUCGGCACUGGCGAUAAACUACGAUACAUUAUUGCAACAGAGAAUAUGAGACCUGGUGACAUUAUCAAAACAUCACGCACCAUUCCUCGUAAUCCAGUUCGGGCCAGUGAAGGAGACGCAUAUCCAUUGGGUGCAUUGCCAGCGGGAACGAAAGUGCAUUGUAUUGAACAAACACCGGGAUUUCCAUAUCACAAAAUAAGAGCGGCUGGUACAUUGGGAACGAUUCUCCGAAAAUUUGAUAAAUACGUUGUAGUCCAAGACACGAGAAAACAUGAACUAGCUUUCCAUGAGACUUGUAUGGCUACAGUGGGCCGGGUGUCAAAUGUUGGCCAUCAAGAUGUUAAACUUGGUUCGCAUCAAAAAAAUCGUGAGCUCGGGAAUCGUCCACGUUCGGGACUGUGGCAACGAAAAGGCGGUCGAUUUGGGCGAAAAAUUAAGCCACAACCACCUAUGCGUAUUGUAUCUGGAAUGCCUCCAAAACCAAAGGAGGUGCUUAUUUUAACAAUGGAUCCACACCCUGAACCAGUGCCGAUUUAUGGCAAUGCAUUUUAAUUUAACACAAAAUAUCGGUUGAUGUAUUAGUCUUAGUAUAAAAGAAACAAAAAAACACUAAAUGCUUGCAAAACAGA